AAUUCGAAAAAAUCGAAAGGUAUCGUCGUGGUCAGCGGGGGUAACGCUAAAGUUGAAACGUUAGAGGACGACGAAGUAUACAAACGAUUCAAGGAAAUCCCUCGUUUUUUACCGAUUCUUCGACAUGCUAUUGGUAAGAAAGAUAUUCCUCAGAGCGAAAUCCCGCACAAAGUUAACAGCCGGCCGUUAUUUCGGAUGGCGACGCGUUUCCAACAACACUUGAAGAUUUGUGCGACAACAAUAGCAGCAGAUCAAAGUCAUAUAAAUCAGCUUGUAAAAUCGGUAAAUACUCGAUUGUGUCAUUUGAAGAACUAUAUGCCAGUAGAACAGUUCUGUUUGGUAGAUGCUUCUGUGGUUGCAAUUUCCAAUCGUCUAAAUGAGAGAAAGAAAAUGACUGAUAACUUGAUUGCAAAUCUUCAAGACCUUGAUAAAUUGCGUGACGAUGUAGUUCAUAUUCGGUUGCUCUUCGAACAUCUGGUUCCAAUGGUUGAGACGAUAAAUGAGAUACUGGUGCCAUCGGAGCGGUUACCACCACUGGCUUUAAGCCGUGUUCUGGACCGCACCCCUGUGUCUACCUCAGAAAGUUCGGAGCAAAGCACUCCUAGACAUAAUCCUUCUGGCAGCGGCUCACAAUCACGUUCAGCCGUUUCUCAGGAUAAAACCACCCGUAUUUCACCAAUAGAGGAAGUUCGAGUUGUUGACAGAAGGAAGUGA